UCCCUGGUCUUUGCGGUUGUCUCCGUUAGCUCCUGCUCGUUAGCGUUUGUGUAUCUGGGGGCUUAAUUAAUGAGCUCUCUAGUUUGUUUCCUUGCCUUUUGUAUUAAAUAGCUGUUGGCCGUAUAUCCUUACACAGGUACGGGAGUUCAGGUUCGACCUCUGAGUACAGGGACCUUUAAAGUACUUCUAAGCCUGUGCGGCAACGUCAGAGGACAAAGUACUGCAUACUUCCAAAACAUGAAAACAGGUUGCAGCAUUUCGAUGCUGGGGACAUUUUUCACGAAUGUGUUGCACAGUGACACACCUCAUCGUGGGUGCAAGGAUCAGCAGGCAGCAGGGGAGGAUACUUCUGUCAAUUAAUGAGAAAAACGCUUUUCACACAGAAAACCGUUCAAGUUGUGUGAAAUUCGGGCGAGGUGCGGUACACAAUGUGAAGAAAACAACAUUAAGAUGAUGUGUCUUAGAAUAACAUUAUCAUUCUAGUGUGAUGGUGAGCUAGGGUGGUGGUGAAGCACUUGCUUUCGGGACCUUCCACUGGCACCAGCUCUCAUAUUCAGUAGCGGUGCUUCUCUGACCCGCCCCACUUAUAACUGUCCUGUGCUUGUUAACAAGUAGAGAAGAGAAGGAAAAUCCCGCAAUGCAUCCUGUGGAAGCGGCAGAUCUUGCACUGCCUACACAAAACGGAGGAAACUCAAAAACUGCGUAUGAAGAGUUCGCGGUUGCGAGUUGGGAAGUGAUACCCAGAGCAGCGCAAGGUAUGCGGGGAGGGAGCCUGCUUCCAAACGAAGAGAGCAUUUACACUGCGGUUUUCGGCUUCGGUUUGGCACAGAGAGUGCAGAUUCAAGCAGCAAACUCCAAACCAGCAGCGCUGUCCCGGAUGAGAGGGCAGAGGAAAUAUUCCCCCUUGCGACGCUGGGUGGGGGUGUUGGCCACGGACCGGCAGGUUCCAAUGCCCGCACCGGGUUUGCAGGCACAGGGAGACAAGAAAAAGCCGUGUGAGCUGCUCGGGAAGGGCGGCGGGGCGCGGCGUCGGGGUGCUCGGGGGCUUUCAGACCCCCUUAGCCCGGGAUUCCUGACAAACACCACUCUGCCUCGGACGCUGCUUAAAAAUGCUGGGAACCACGGAGGACAGCGGAUGGCUUUUCUGGAGAGUAAUGGCGUGUGUGAGACAGAGCGGAGGCAGCAAGAGGCAAGUGAUCUUGUUUAUUCUGUGCGUUUGUGUGUGUCAGAGCGGGGCUGAAACCCUCCGCUAUUCUCUGGCGGAGGAAAUGGAGAGGGACUCCUUUGUCGCCAAUAUUGCAAACGACCUGGGCGUUGCUCCGAGCCAGCUCGCAGCUCGCAAGGCCCGCAUUGUGUCCGAGGGGAACGAGCAGCUUUUCCACCUCAAUCAAAACACCGGAGUCCUGACAGUAAAGGAGUCGCUGGACCGAGAGGAGAUCUGUCCGCAGAGUGAUACCUGCACACUCUUCUUUAAGAUAUUCUUUGAAAAUCCAUUGCAGCUGAUCCGAGGGGAGGUGGAGGUUCGUGACGUGAAUGACAACUCCCCCGUGUUCCCAGAGAAGGAGAUGGUUUUAGAGAUUCUGGAAACAGCACCUCCCGGGUCCCGUUUUCCUCUGGAAAGUGCCCAGGACAAGGACGUGGGUAGUAACAGUUUGCAGAACUACAGCCUUGGAGUCAACUUGCAUUUCUCCCUUGCUCUCAGAACAAGAAAAGGUGGAGCAAAAUAUGCAGAGCUCAUCCUAGAGCAGCAGCUGGACCGUGAAGAGCAGCCGGAGCUGAAUUUGUUCCUCAUUGCCACCGACGGGGGCUCACCACCCAGGUCGGGUACGGCUCAAGUCCGGAUCGUGGUCAUAGAUGCCAAUGACAACACCCCAGUCUUUGGUCGGGAGAUCUAUGAGGUGCGCCUGGCUGAGAACAGCCCCCAGGAGCAGCUGGUGGUCAGAGUUGCGGCUGUGGAUCCUGACGAAGGGUCCAACGGGAAAGUGCGGUACACCUUCACCCAGACAUCGGAGAAGUCCCGGCAGCUUUUCAAGCUGAACCCUGCCAGUGGGGAGAUACGGGUUGUGGGCAACCUGGACUUUGAGGAAGCAAAAAACCACGAGAUGAUGGUGAAAGCCACCGACAGCGGGGGGCUGUCUGCACAUUGCAAAGUGCAGGUGGAGGUCCUGGAUGUGAAUGACAAUGCCCCAGAGAUAGUGCUCACCUCCCUCACCGCCUCCAUUCCCGAGGACGCCCAGCCCCGCACCGUGGUGGCCCUGUUCAGUGUGCGGGACCGGGACUCCGGGGACAAUGGCAGGAUGGAGUGCUCGAUCGAUGGGGACUUGCCCUUCAGUCUUACCCCCACUUUCGAUAAUUACUAUGAGCUGAGAACUAAUGCGGCACUGGACAGGGAAAGGAUGGCAGAGUAUAACAUCACCAUCACAGCCAUGGACUGGGGCACAACACGGCUCAGCUCUCAGGAAAGCAUCUUUGUGCAGAUAUCGGACGUGAACGACAAUCCCCCACAGUUCACUCAGGAGGUUUACACCAUGUCGGUCACGGAGAACAACAGCCCCAUGCUGCGGAUUGGCACUGUGAACGCCACGGACGCUGACACAGGGAAAAAUGCCCAUGUAAACUACACGCUGGUGAGGCAGGAGGGCAAGGAGCAGCCCGAUGUGUCGGUCAACUCUGAAAGCGGGGAUGUUUAUAUCCUCCGCCCGCUGGACUACGAGGAGGUGCGCGCCUUCGAGGUGGAGGUGCACGCUGCUGACGGUGGCUCGCCGCCACUCAGCACACAGACGGUGCUACGCGUGGUUGUGCGGGACGAGAACGACAAUGCACCCGUCGUGCUGCACCCACCCCCUGACAGCAGCGCAGUGGCAGGCGAGUUGGUGCCACGCUGGGCGCGCGCGGGCUACCUGGUGGCCAAGGUAGUGGCAGUGGACGCGGAUGCAGGGCAGAACGCGUGGCUGUCAUAUGAGUUGGCCAAGGCGACGGAGCCAGGGCUGUUCCACGUGGGGCUGCACAGUGGUGAGGUGCGGACAGUGCGGGCCAUGGCAGAGCGUGACGCACCCCGGCAGAGGCUUGUUGUGCUGGUGCGAGACUGCGGGCAGCCGCCGCGCUCCACCACCACCACCCUCAGCAUUGCUCUAGUGGACGGCUUCUCUGACGCCCAUUUGCGGUUGAGCGAGGAGGCACCGGCUGCUGAUCCCGACGGGCAGCUCACCCUGUACCUCAUCUCCUGCCUGGCCUGCAUUUCGGCAGUGUUCCUGGCCACCGUGGUGGCCGUCGUGGUGGUGAAGGUGUGGCGGGCCAGGCGGAGUGAGGCGGAGACCUUGCCCACGUUCCCAAAGGCUGCCACGGAGAGCACCGCAGGCUCCCUGCCCCGCAGCUACAUGUACGAUGUUUGCUUCACCACUGGGACCAUCAACAGUGAGUUUCAGUUCCUUAGGCCCCUCUUCCCCUGCUUUCCUGCUGGGCUGCCCCCCAGCCAGGGCGACCAGCGAAGCUCAGUGUGCUCGCAAGAGGUGGCCAACCUUGGAGAAGAAGGCAACUGGGCUGCACAGGGCAGAGCUCCCCCCUCCGAAGACAUGGGUCUCAGACCUGCGGAAGCAGCUUGCACUGCAAACACGGGGAUGGAACUAAAUGUCAAUUCUCAUCAAAACCCUUGGCUCACUCCCCAGUAAGUGAGGAGAAAGACAAGCAUGUCUGUCCUCACUGGCUAACAUCCUCACAGGGAAAAGAGAAUGAAAAGACAAAACACCCACCAAAAAAUUACCAGAGAGUUACAAGGCUUCUCUGUGAGAGAGC